AUGACUUCUACAGACAGGUUGAUCAAAGUUGGUCCAGCAGAAACGGGUCGUCAUCGCCAUACAGUCAAUUUUGAUCUAAGAGGUUGCAAUGAAAUCUCACAGAUUUUCGUUUCAGCAGGAAAGAGUGGGAUAACCGCGAUCCAGUUCCAAUACGUGGAAAAUGGGAAGUAUGUGUUAUCCGAUCAAUAUGGCUAUGGUAACCAUACAACCAAGUUUCACACCAUCGAGUUGAACCAUCCAGCUGAGUAUAUUACCGGAGUCAGUGGUCAAUUUUAUAUUGCAUCUGAUCUCAUUAAAGUGAUCACUUUCACUACAAACAUGAAGGAGUAUGGUCCGUUUGGUGUACUCGACCCAAAUAUGUGGCCCCGGCGGGGGAACCCACAAUCUUUUACCUUCGAUCUUGGAAAUUCCCGUCAAUUUGGUGGUUUUCAUGGGAUCUUUAACUCAUGGGGUCUCUUAUCUAUAGGUUUAUAUCUUAGUGCUAAAACUGUAACCCCCACCCUUGGCUUAAAGAUUCCAAAGAAAGAAGCAUAA